CUUUCAGGGGCAAUUCUUCCUCAUUGUUGUGGACAGUCACUCUAAAUGGCUAGAGGUCGUUCCAGUGUCCACUACGACGACUGCCAGGACCAUCCAGGUGUUGAGGCGGAUCUUCGCCUCCCAUGGGCUCCCAGAUAUUCUUGUCUCCGACAACAGACCUUAAUUCACUUCUUCUGAGUUUCAGGCUUUCCUACAGGCUAACAUGAUUCACCAUGCUACUUCGGCACCCUUUCAUCCAGCUUCCAAUGACCAAGCUGAGCACAUGGUGCACACAACCAAAGAUGCCUUGAAGAGGCUCAUUCAUGGGAGCUGGCAUCACAGGUUAGCUGACUUUCUUCUUUGCCAACAUACCAUACCUUGCACAGCUACUGGGAAAAGCCCAGUUGAACUCUGCUGGGGACGCCAUCUCAUUACCAAAGUGGACAGAUUGCACCCAGACCGGGUGGCUUCACAGGUGUCACAGCCGCAGGCACCUAGGAGACUACAGGCCUGGGUCAGAAAUCCAUGUUUAUUUGUGGAUGGAAUAAACCGAUUUGAUAUUCUUCAAGGACAAAAAAUAGGUGACUGUUGGGUUUUAGCAGCUCUGGGUGCUUUGACCCAACAACAGCGGUUCCUGAAAAAUGUGAUUCCUAUAGACCAAGGAUUUAAUCACACUUAUGCAGGAAUCUUUCAUUUUCAGUUCUGGUAUUUUGGAAGCUGGGUUGAUGUGGUGAUAGAUGACCGUCUGCCUUUCAUGGAUGGAAAUUACUUAUCAGUUCAUCCCAGGAGCACAAAUGAAUUCUGGCCACCUCUGCUUGAGAAAGCUUAUGCCAAAUUGCGUGGUUCUUAUGAGAAGUUGCACUACGGCUUUAUCUCAGAAGCUUUCGUAGAUCUCACAGGUGGGGUCCAGUUUGGAUUCAGUCUUGGAAAUCUUACUGAUCAUUUGUUUGAAAUAAUGAAAACUGCUACUUUGUCAGGCUGUCUAAUGGCAUGCAGCACUCCUGAAAGGAAAAAGCCGGAUAACCAAGUAUUGGAAAAUGGAAUUGUGCAGCAACACGUCUAUGCUGUUAUAGAUGCCACAGAGGUUCCUUACAUGUACAGGAAAGAACGUCUAAUCAAACUCUGGAAUCCGUGGGGCACUGUGGAAUGGAAUGGAGCUUGGAGUGAUCAUUCUAUGGAGUGGAAUCAAGUCCCUCAAUCAUUCAAGGAAAAAUUCUAUAUGAACAGGGCUGAUGGCGAAUUCUGGAUAUCAUUUGAAGAUUUGAAAGACAAUUUUUCAUCCCUGUUUGUUUGCAAUAACUUACCCACAUUCCUGGAUUUUGGUAAGGAGAGCAAUAUGUCUUGGUCUGUGACUUCAUAUUUCAUCCAAUUAUUUCCAGAAGGGAGCAACUAUCGAAGUGCUCUUUCAAGAGACCAUCAAUAUUUCAUCAAAGUUCCAGAGCUUAUGACUAAAGACAAUGUUGUAAUAGCAUUGAUGCAAAGACCUGCAAAUACCUCACGGAUGCUGGUGCCUAUAGGUUUCCAGAUAAAAAAGGGUAGAACCAUAGUUCAUGACACGCAGCUUAAGGUAACACGAGAUAUCACUGUUUCCUAUCAAUUGAAGCCUGGCGAUUACACAAUUAUUCCAACUACAUCACCACAAAGCCAAGAAUCAAAGUUUCUUCUACGAAUCUUUUUAAAAAGUCAAGGCAAUAUAAGGGAGCCAAACAAUGAAAUCAGUUCACAGGGGACAAAGGAUAAGCUCAUCUGGAAUCCAGACGACUAUGAAAGUAUCUUCUUAAGAUACGCUUAUCAGAACUCCUACUUAGAUGCCUCACAGUUGCAAAGGAUUCUUAAUGGCAUUCUCCUAAAAGAUCUAAUGGCUAGCCUGGGAUCUGGAGACGGAUUCAGCUUUGAUUCAUGCAAAAGCCUUUUAGCUCUGAUGGAUAUAAAUGCUAAUGGAAAACUUUCACUCCAAGAAUUUAAAAGACUGUGGAGAGCUUUCAAGAAAUAUGAGGAUAUAUUUGGAAGAGAGGAUGAAAAUAAUUCUGGAUUCCUAACUGUUUCAAAUUUGCAAAGAGUUGUGCAAAAAAUAGGCCUAUAUGUCAGUGACAAACUCCUCCAGCUCCUGGUUUUACGAUAUGGAGACUCAGCCCAGAGAAUAAACUUUCCUGAUUUUGUAUGCUGUAUGUUUCGUCUUGAGACAAUGGCAAAGGCAUUCCUCAAUUUAUCAAAAAAUAAGGGAAGUAUCUGCUUUACUGAAGAUGAGUGGAUGACCAUGAUCAUGUAUUGCUGAUCAGAUGAUACUACUUUCUAAAUACAGGCUGCUGACUUCUUAGACUUUCAAAAGAAAAUUGUUGAGUGUGAAGGCCUGUUUAAUUGGAGAUGAAAUAGAACCAGUCAAGGGCUUCAAGCAAUCUAGACAUAAUCAAAAGAAUAAAAAAUCAUGCAAAGAAUGGUACCCACAGAAGAUAAUGGUAGAAAUGUGCAGAGAAAAAUAUUUACUACCAUAUGAAUGUCUUGGGAUGACUUUUAAAAAUAAUCCACACUAAGGUUAAUAAAAACGUUCAAUGCAGUAGAAACUUAGUUUAAAAUGAAAAUCUGGUGGAAUUGGGUCCCAGGUUGGACUAGAAGAUCUCCAAGGUCCAUUCCAAACCUGUAAUUCUGUUUUUCUGUUAUAUAGAAUAAUCUUCCAAGAUGUAGUCAUUCAGGUUUGUUCAACUAAGCUCCCAUCAACCACAGUGUAACCAAUACAUUUACAUACCUAAUUUAUAUUGGUUUUAUUGUGUUUUAGCACUUUGUUUCCUGACACUUAAUUGUUUAUCAAAACUGCAUAAUCUUAAGUGAUCUUAUCAUAAAUCAAAAUGCAAAGCAUAUAUUUGAGAAAUCAAUACAAAUACAAAACUAAUUUAAAAUUAUCCUUAGACUCAGGUUGCAAUCCUUAACAGACUUAAGAACUGUACACUAUUAAUCACAAUAUGACUUUCCAAGACAGUUUUUAUAGAUUCAUGCUAUACACAUUCAAAUAAUUUUAAUAAAAGUGUAACUGUUUCUUGUUCAAAAUGGAAUUCUCUUAUGUGCUACAAAUGAUUUCUGCUUUGGUAUGGUGGUGUUUGCAUCUUAGCAAAAAUAUUAUAUUUCUUAGACUGGAAAUUCUUAUUUUAUUUACCAUGAUUUUCACACGUUUAUUCAACUUUGUUUUCUGCUGAAAUUAUUAAUAUCUCUCUGAAUGUUUGAUAGUUGCUAUGUUAUAUAUACAAUAAAAUAGAAGGUAUCCAAUAUGAGCAACAGCAUGUACUUUCACUUUUUAUUGUUUUAUUUAAUUUUUCAAUCCGUUUCAUAACUGAAUUUCUCAUGCUAUCUCCUGAUUUGCUAUCUAGAAAACAAGUAAUUUGGUGAUGGACUGAUAUAUAAUAGAACCAAAAAAUGUCUAGAGCCUCAUGAUUAUAAUGUUAUAAAAAUAAGUUAUUAUUUUUAUUAUAUAAUCCAGUAUAUUCAAUAGUUUCUCAAAUUUAAAAUCAUUUUAUUCAUUCUACUUGACUGUACUUUAUUUGAUUUUCCUAACCACCUUCUAUAAUAUAUGCUUUUUCUAAAAUAAAAAAACCCUUGAAAUUUCCCAUGACAAAAAGGCAGUUUUUAAAUUCAAUCAUUUUUGACAUUUUAAUUUAUCAUCAUAACCAUCAUAUUUCAUUUCACAGAACUUAAAAAAAAAUCUAGCAUAGAGAAAUACCUUCAAAUAUGCUGUGUUUACCCAGUAUUUUUUUAUUCAAGCAAUGGAUUCCCCUGUGGUCUCUGGAACAGUAAAGAGCUUUUCACAUUAUUAUUAUAUAUACAAAAAUGUGAAAUCACAGCUGCCAGCUCUUUAGCUGGUGCUGGUGUUCAUAUGCCUUGAGUUCUUCACAAGAUUGAGGAUGUCGUAAUGUAUUGUCAUAGUAUAUGUGCAGAUCCAAGCAAUGUGAUCUUUCAUAAUUGACAGAAGGAAAUGUUAUCAAUGUGCAAAUCUUGCCAUCCAAGAUUUUUUAGUAAGGGACCCAAUAUGCUGAUAACCAUUGGGACCAUCUUGGCCAGAUUAUGCCAUAAUCUUUCAGUUCUGAUUUUCAAAACUAUCAAAACUUCAAAACUAUCUCUUGAUUCUUUGUGACUUUCUUCAAUUCUUUCUCUUCUAUUCUAUUAUUCUCUAAUAUUGCACAUCAAUUAUUCACACGUUCUUCUUUUCACAAAAUAACAGUUUUAUUUUUACUUAUUUAUUAAUAUUUAUUAAUUGUUCAUUUAUUUUAUUUAUUGAUAUCAAUUAAGUAUUAUUAUUAUGUCAUAAUGAAUAAUUCAGUAAAAAUAAUA